GAGUACUUAAGCAUGCUUAGGCCAUUCUUGCCAGGGCCUACUUUUACUCCUGGUGCUACAUCCGGAGGAUUUUGAACAGCCUACUUCCCCAUAGAGCCCGGAGGGUGCAUGCUUCAGAGCUUUGAACUUCAUUUGAUUUUGCCAGAAUACAGUCGACACAAUCUUCCGCAAAAGAUCUGCGCAAUCUUCCGGACAAACCACAGGCAACUCGAAUGGUCCUUCGCCUUGAGCGAACCUUCGCUUUUCGGAGUGUUUUCAGACGACAGAAACCAUGUUUGCAGCUGCCUCCCAAAAGCCCUCGCAAACAGCUUCCUAGAUACUUAAGUGCAAUUUGUUCAAGCCUUUUCAGAGAGCUUAUGAUGUGGCACAGACAUCGUGACAUCGCCAAGCAUUUGAGCGGCACGGCCUCGUUGCAGUGUGGCUUAGAAAAGUUGGGCAGAUUUUGUGGAGACUUUGAGCGCAGCCAUGGGUUUGCUACGCUCAGAGCAGAUGAAAUAUGGCCUGCUGGUACUACCAGUGAAUGAGGCCCACCGGAUUGUCGCACGGCUCGGCAAGGAUGCCACGCUACAGUUUGAAGACGACAACGCCCGGGACAUGCGCCGGCCCUACCGGAAGCACAUCCAGCGAAUCGACGAGAUGGAGCGGAUCUUGCGCUUCCUGGUGGGCGAAAUCUCAGGCAUUGAAGGCUGCGAGAUCCUGAAGAACAAGGUGGAUGAGUUCAUGCGCUUCGAGGAUGCCUAUACACUGGAAGGGGUCGAGACCGAACUCCAGUCCUUGUACAAGCACUUCAUGAAGUUCAAGGAGAACAAUGUGAGCCUGACCAAUGAGCGUAAUCAGGCCGUUGAGGAGGCCGAGGUCGUGGCUGUGGCCAAGGGUAUGUUGGCGGGCUCCAUGGGCGGUCCCCACCUGGAUGUGGACGACGAGUCCUUCGAAGCGAGUGCCAAGAAACCACUGGUGGAAGCAGAGGGUGGUGGUGGCAGGCUUGGCUACCUCGCUGGUGUGGUGCCGAAGGUGGACGAGCAGCGCUUCACGCGAGCCCUGUGGCGCGCGGCACGCGGCAACACCUUCGCGCAGUUCACCCCCAUCAGCGAGACGGUCAAGGAUCCCAAGACAGGUCAAGAGGUGCAGAAGAGUGUCUUUGUCGUGUACUUUCAGGGCGCGGGUGGACCAAUGCAGCAGAAGGUCAUGAAGGUUUGUUCAGCCUUUGGUGUGAACAUGUACAACUGGCCAGUGAGUUCGGAGCAAGCUGCCUCGCGACACGCGCAGCUCAAAAAGGUUGUGGCUGAGAAGGACGCGGCGCUCAAGGGCUUUGCCGACUUUAUGCGCUCAGAGGCCCAGGACCUCUUGACGCCGCCCAGUCAUAGCCCGGCCGGUAAUUCCAAGAUCGAGGAGUGGCGGCUCUUUUGCAUCAAGGAGAAGGCCAUCUACAACAUCCUCAACCUGUGUUCCGGAGAGAUCGCUUUGAGGGUGAACGUGUGGUACCCCGCGACGGAAGAGUCCAAGAUCAUCGCGCUGCUUCAGAAGCUGAACGAGGGCUCUCAGCAGGGUGCCUUCCUGACCCCGGAGAAGCAGGUGAAGUCGGUGGCUCCGACCUACAUCCGCGUGAACGACUUCACCGAGGGCUGGCAAGAAGUCAUUGACACCUAUGGCAUUCCCAAGUACCAGGAGGCAAAUCCGGCUCUCCUCUCAGUGGUCACCUUCCCCUUCAUCUUCGGCAUGAUGUAUGGGGAUGUGGGCCACGGCACCUUGUUGUUCCUCGCGGGGCUUUGGCUGUGCAAGAACGCCGAAUCCUUGCGCUUCAGUCAGCCGACACUGUUCAUGGUGCGCUACAUGGUGGUGAGCCUUGGUUUCUUUGCCACCUAUGCGGGCCUCAUGUACAACGACUUCUUUUCGGUGGGUCUUCAGAUCUUCGAUUCCCGCUGGAAGGAGGUGGGUGAAGGCAUCUACGAGCCGGACUACGAUGUGAAAAACUCCGGUGGUCGUGGGCCUUACCCCUUUGGACUCGACUGGGCCUGGCAUGGAUCCAGUAACGAGCUCCUCUACGUGAACUCUCUGAAGAUGAAGCUCUCGGUGCUCUUCGGAGUGCUCCAGAUGACUGUGGGCUUGUUCUUGAGGUGGGGAAACGCCUUCUAUGAGAAGAACAUGACGGAUUUCAUUUGUGAGUGCAUCCCGAUGAUGAUCUUCAUGCUGUGCUUCUUUGGCUGGAUGGACGUGAUGAUCCUCUACAAGUGGGUUCAUCCCAUUGACAACCCUCCGAGCAUCAUCAACUCGCUGAUUUGCAUGGCGAUGGGGCAACAGGAUUUGUUCCCUCUUUGGGAUGGUUCCGUCGAGAUGGCCCAGAACCUCAUGCUGUUCACCAUGUGUUCAGUGCCGAUCAUGCUUUUUCCCAAGCCCUUUAUCCUGCUCUACCAGCACAACCAGACGAAGAAGGCGCGCGAUGGGAAUUUUGUGGCGAUCGAGGAGGAGCCAUCGAACAACCACCACGGGCAUGGAGAAGAGUUCGAAUUCGGAGAGAUCUUCAUCCAUCAGAUUAUUGAGACCAUUGAGUUUGUCUUAGGCACCGUCUCGCACACGGCCUCCUAUUUGCGCAUUUGGGCCUUGUCCCUGGCGCAUCAGCAGCUGUCCUUGGUGUUCUUCCAGAAGACCAUCACCAUGGGUUUGGAGAUGUCAUUCCCUUUGAACGGCAUCGUGAUUUACCUGAUGUUCGGCGCUUGGUUCGGCAUUACACUGGCAGUGCUGUUGGGCAUGGACGUCUUAGAGUGCUUCUUGCACACCUUGCGUUUGCAUUGGGUGGAGUUCCAGAGCAAGUUCUACAAGGCAGAGGGCCUCAAGUUCGCGCCCUUCUCCAUCCAGAAGCUGGUGACGCCUACGGAUGAGUAGAGUACAAGGGUGUGACGGUCCACCAGAGUGCCCAAGUGGUCCAAUCGGGCCCAGAGUACGUUUCGUUUCGGGCGCGAGGGGGUCACUCGGGCGGUGUCCUCAACGGAGGACGUUUUGAUUUAGCCAUGGGAGCAGGGAGCUGGAGGGGCUCGAGAAGGAUGUUGGACAAGGUUGGACUAGGUCCG